AGGUGUGUCGUGCGUCCUUUCGUGCUUACGUGCCAAGUGGAUGCUUAGCCUAGGGUGGAACCUACAGAAUAGCAAAUGAAAAACGGAAUGGAGUAAGGUGGCGCAGGCCCUGCGCUGCCAAGGCGGUGUGCUUGCACCUCAUAAGCAUGAGUAGUUGUUCCUACUUGGACCCAGCAAGCCUUCUCGCGCAACGCGCAGUCAGUGUCCGGUUGGGGCGCAGAGCAAGCGGAUGUUCGCACUCACUCUUCGCGACAAAUAGAAGGGCUCCGCUCAGCGACAGCAGCGUUCAAGGAAGCACAAAGCAAGCUUCCAGUAGUACAUCGGCACCGACGCGGGUCCUUCCCGCCGUCUCUGUUGACGAGCCUGUACAGCAGAAUGACGUGAAAGGUUCUCUUACAAUUCACGAGCUCCUUUCACCGGUCCAUGUCGGUCCGCGGCGGAGAGCAUCGGCAGCAUGCCACGACUCCACCGUGCACAUCCCUCCCAUACGCUUCGAUGACUCUGCUGGGCAGCCUCCGCCAGAGUCCCUUACCCUGGUCGGUGCCUACGUGGAGAAGCAGGUGCAGGAAGUGGAGCCGCAGCACCAGCACCCGCGACCGGGACAUGCAAUUGAGGAGGAUGUACGACUAAGCAGGAACCAGGUUGCAGACUCUCCGGCGGCGCUCGGAGCUGCUAGUGAUCGCAGCGCUGCGGAAAGCGGUCUGGAGGACAUAUUUCGGUACCUUCUGGAAACACCGCCGCCGCUCCAGGUUCAGCCGCAGCAGCCGCAGCCGCAGCAGCCGUGGAGAAGAGGGAGUCAUGGGGGCGUCACGCAGGCGCCGGACUCCCGUUGUGACGGCACCCCAGCGGUACCCCAGCAGCUGCAGCACCCGCACGCGCGACCACAACAACAGUUGGACCUGCAACCUCGACCCAUUCAGCAACGGCAGCAGCAGCUGCUGCAGGGGUGCUGUCAGGAGGGGGAGGAGGACCUCCAAGCGCGACACCACCACCACCACCAGCAGUCGCCACUAACGAGGCAGCUGCAGCAGCCGCAGCAACCGCAACAGUCUCCUCUACGGUUGCGCAGGGGUUGGGCUCCUGCUGCUGCUGCUGCGGCGGCGGCUCUCGCCGCCUGUCCCUCGCAGCAGCAACAAGACCCGCAACAGCAGGUAGCUGGCAGAGGCGAUGUUGUUCAAGGGGUGCAAGGGGUAGUGCCGGCAUGCGGAG